GUAAACACUUCUUUUCAGUGACUAUUAUUUGUGUCUCGGUGUCUGGACUCAGCAGGUUUCAGCAGAAGGAUCCGGACACGCAGAGCAACUGAGCUUUAUUUCAACAAGCAGUAAACGAGCGAGAAGACAUUUCUUCCCCUUUGGGGAGCACGAGCGCGGAAAAGCUACCUGCCUGUCACCGGAGAGGAUGAGGGGGAACCCGGGGAGUGAUCCCGAGGGACUCUUCUGAUGGGACUGUGAUGUAAACACGAGCAAUCGAUCUCUAAUCCGAAGUGUUUUCCGUCACCAUGACUACGCCACGUGAGUGCUCCCUCUUGCUCGCUCACCUGCUCAUGCUCCUCCAGCUCCUCCUGCCUCUCACCUUGUCUCUUCUUCACCCUCCUCACCCUCCGCCCGUCCACAUCCCCACGCUCGUCCCUCACGCGCCGACGCCUCUCGUCCGCUCACGCUUCAGCGCUCGGACUCAGCUGGACCUCACCACUCACUGCAACUCCAGCUGCUUCCACAGAGAGCCGGAGGCCCGGAAGGAGCAGCUCAUGGAGAAACUGGCGUUUGAGACGCUGUACGCCGACGGCUCCCGCACUCUCACCACUGUAGAUGUGGAGGCCGAUGAGGAGUUUAAAGGAGAUCACUUCACUCCCCCUUUACCUGGGAGAGGACAGGGACUGAAGGCCAGGCACAGACGCGUGAGGCGGCAGAUCUACGGAGCAGAUGGACGCUUCAACAUCCAAGGUGACAACUUCCUGUUGGAUUACCCUUUCUCCACAGCCGUGCGGAUCUCCACCGGCUGCACCGGUGUGCUUGUGUCUCAGAAGCACGUCCUCACAGCUGCCCACUGUGUGCAUGACGGAAAGGAUUAUGUCAAGGGGGCGCGAAAGCUCAGGGUGGGAUUCCUGAAUCCUCCGAUCAUUAACGCCGGAAUCACCUCUUCCAAGAAGCCUCUGGUCCGCUGGCUGAGGGUGAAACGUACCCGUGUGCCAAAGGGCUGGAUCCAGGGCUCUCAGGAGGUCAGCAUGGACUUUGACUACGCCCUGCUGGAGCUGCGUUGGCCUCACCGACGUCCCUUCAUGCGCCUCUCUGUGGCGCCCUCCUCCGAUGACCUGGCAGGGAAUCGCAUCCACUUCUCUGGCUUCGACAGCGACAGAUCCGGGGAGCUGGUGUACAGAUUUUGUCCAGUGGAAGAAGAGUCCAGCGACCUGAUUUAUCAGCACUGUGACGCUCGACCUGGAGCCAGCGGCUCUGGAGUGUACGGAAGAGUGUGGGACAAUAGUCUAGAGCGCUGGGAAAGGAAGGUCAUCGGCAUUUUCUCUGGACACCAGUGGCUGGAAAUAGACGGGGAGAACAGGGAUUACAAUGUAGCCGUGCGAAUCACUCCUCUGAAGUUUGCUCAGAUCUGUUACUGGGUGCACGGGAACCGACUCGACUGUGUCCAGGACUAAGAAGGGCCGUAGCAAAGCACAAAGUGUAAAAUAAAUACGGGGUGAAAUGCCUUUUUUCUCUAAAGAAAGAAGAGUGAAACAAGAUUGAAUCAAAUAAAAAAGAAUACACUUCUCAUCAGUAGAGCAGAUAAAAACCUUAAGGAUCCUUCAUUGAGGUAUUUCUCUCCUUUAACCUCUGGGCUUACAAGACAAAUCUGCCUGUGAGAUCAUCAACACGGCAUCUCUCCUUGUGCAUUUGCCCAGUCAGUGUUUCCGCAGUAGCCUUUUAACUUAAGCCCCUUUUUAUAAGAGGGAAAGAACACUUGUGCGUGUGCGUGCAGUGCGUCAGUAGCUCCAGAUUAUUUUCCUACUGUGGACGACAGCAGACUGUUGAUGUUUUGUCUUCACAUCUUUCCUGCUCGUUUUUCUGACUGAGGGAAAUGGGUUAGCAUGUGUUUGGCUCUGAAAGGAUCAUUUGGUUUAGCCACUUGAUUUGCACACAAUUCAUAGAUCUAAAAACGGUUCUUGGACACCACUGAUGCACCUUGACCUUUCAGCAGGCAUUAUGCUCUUCUGUGUUAAUUUUAUUUCAAUAAAUGCUUAAUAUUGUAUUAAAGAGAUUUAUAACAGUG